AGCAGUGGAGAAACUGUCUUCAGGAGUUGGGCCCGAGUGUGAGGCUGGUACCCAGCUAUGCACUGCACCCCCCUUUCAAAUCCUCCUGCAGGCCUGAUCUGACUGAGGUCAAGGGGUGCCUACUGCCAUGAGGCGGGGAGCCCUGAGGCUUGGCCAGGGCAGUGGGUGUCGUCAUUGCCUCUGCCGGAGAAGGCAUGUCAGACUAGGCCUGCAAUUCCUUUUUUGGACUCCAGAUCUGGAAGAAAUUAAUUUAAACCUGGAAUCCCUCAGCCAAUUCUGAAAGCAGGAUGUGGACUAUACCUGUAUGUUAAAGUGGUUCCUGUCUCGUGUUUCAUAGUGAAAAAUACCGAAGAAGAUUCCUCCUUCCUUCUAUCAGCGAACAGUUCUCUUUCCCUUGGACCUGCUGUCUGUGUUCUGAAGAAAUAGUGUUCUUAUACCAUGGGAAGUGGUACCUCAACCCAACAUCAUUUUGCUUUCCAGAAUGCAGAGAAAGCCUUCAAGGCAGCGGCCCUGAUCCAGAGGUGGUACCGGCGCUACACGGCACGCCUGGAGAUGAGGCGGCAGUGCACCUGGAGCAUCUUCCAGUCCAUAGAGUACGCUGGGCAGCAGGACCAGGUCAAGCUCCACGAUUUCUUCAGUUACCUGGUCGAUCACUUCACCCCCAGCAGUCACAAUGAGAGGGACUUCCUGAACCGCAUGUUCACCGAGGAGACUGCCCCCCAGGACUCUGAGAUGGAGAACUGUAGUGACUAUGAGUCUAUAGAGGUUCCGGAUGAUUACACAGGGCCUCACCUCUCCUUCCCGCUCCUUCCCGAUCACGCAACUGCCUUGGUGGAAGCCUUCAGACUGAAACAGCAGCUACAUGCUCGCUAUGUCUUGAAUCUUUUGCACGAAACCAGAAAACAUCUGGUACAACUGCCAAACAUCAACCGGGUCUCGACCUGUUACAGCGAGGAGAUCACAGUGUGUGGAGAUUUACAUGGCCAGUUGGACGACUUAAUAUUUAUAUUUUAUAAGAAUGGCCUCCCAUCACCAGAGCGAGCCUACGUGUUCAAUGGUGACUUUGUGGAUCGAGGACAGGAUUCGGUAGAAAUCCUGAUGGUUCUUUUUGCCUUCAUGUUGGUUUACCCCAAAGGAUUCCAUCUUAACCGAGGAAACCACGAGGACUACCUGGUGAAUCUACGAUAUGGCUUCACCAAGGAAGUAAUGCACAAAUACAAGGUGCAUGGCAAGAAAAUACUAAAAAUGCUGCAAGAUGUUUUCUGUUGGCUCCCCCUGGCCACUGUGGUUGAUGAGAAAGUCCUGAUUCUUCACGGUGGGGUGUCCGACGUGACUGACCUGGAGCUCCUGUCUAAGCUAGACAGGCACAAGAUUGUUUCCACCUUGAGGUGCAAAACAAGAAAAGAGAACGAGAAGCAGGUGGAGGAGCAGGAAAAAGCAAAGCAGAGGAGCUCUGCAGGGAGACCUUCCCCGUGGUUUCUCCCCCAGAGCCGCUCUCUCCCCUCUUCGCCCCUUCGCCUCAGCUCCCACCAGGCCCACAAAGCUGGACGCUCCUCCAGCGUCCCCUGCAGUGGCCCCCUGGACCCCAGAUGGCUCUCCUGGCAGGCGAGGCGCUCCGUGGACCUGGAGCUGGAGAGGUGCCGGCAGCAAGCCGGCUUCCCGGUGAUCAAGGAGAAGGAGGAGCCCUGGCUCUGCAGGGCAGAAGCCGACUCUGAAGCAGGGGAGCUGCUGGAGCCCACGCAGGAGGAGUGGCGGCAGGUCGUAGAUAUACUGUGGAGUGAUCCCAUGGCUCAGGAGGGCUGCAAGGCCAACACUGUUCGAGGAGGAGGCUGUUAUUUUGGGCCGAAUGUGACAAAACAGUUGCUGCAGAAAUACAAUCUGCAAUUCCUGAUCCGCUCACAUGAGUGCAAACCCGAAGGCUAUGAAUUCUGCCAUGGCCGCAAGGUGCUAACCAUCUUUUCUGCCUCCAACUACUAUGAAGUUGGCAGUAACAGAGGGGCCUACGUCAAGCUGGGGCCAGCCCUGAGCCCACACAUCGUGCAGUAUCAAGCCAACAGGGCUACCCACAGGCUGACCAUGAGGCAAAGGAUUAGCCGAGUAGAGGAGUCAGCUCUAAGAGCUCUGCGAAACAAGUUAUUUGCCCAUUCCUCAGAUCUUCUUGAUGAAUUUAAGAAGCACGAUAAAGAUAAAACUGGUUUAAUCCCCCUGGGCGAGUGGGCAGCAGCCGUGGAGUCGGUGCUGCGCCUGGGGCUGCCAUGGCGGGUGCUGAGGCCACAGCUGGUGAACAGCUCAGCAGGUAACAUGCUGGAGUACAAGUCCUGGCUGGAAGACUUGGCCAAAGAACAACCAAGUUUCAAGAACAUCCAGUCAAGUUUGCUGGAAACACUGUAUCGAAACCGAUCCAACCUGGAGACCAUUUUUAGGAUCAUAGACAGCGAUCACUCAGGUUUCAUCUCACUGGACGAGUUCAGGCAGACUUGGAAACUGUUCAGCUCUCAUAUGAAGAUUGACAUCACCGAUGGCUGUGUCUGCGACCUUGCCCGGAGCAUUGACUUCAACAAGGAUGGCCGCAUUGACAUCAAUGAGUUCCUGGAGGCCUUCCGCCUUGUAGAGCAGUCCUGCUCAGAGGGCAGUGACUCAGACCGCCCGCAGGCCCCAAACACUAAUGACAGCGGCGCCAGCCAGCCAGCAGCACACUGAAGAGUUUGGUUUCUGUUACCCACAUUGCCUCAUAAGCAAUGCCAAGCGUGUCACUGCAAUAGCUCUCUUAUUCUCCAUAGAUUUAUGAAGCUUUAUGCUGAGAAUUUGCUGACCAACAUGCAUCACAAUCCCCUGUGUGUUUGUGGGUGCCCUGUGUGUGUGUGUGUGUGUGUGUGUGUGUGGUGUAUUUUUAAAUAUACAGGCACAAACCCAUCUCAGAAUUUUCACAAGGUGGGACCCAGGUAUAAGUAUUUUUAAUUCUGAAGUCUACCCCAUUAUGAAUCACUGAUCAUUCAACCCCCUCAUUGUUUCCAUUUUAUACUUUUUAUUUGUUGUUUUUAAAAUGCCAUACUGAUAAAGGAAAGCUAUGGAAAAUCAUUUAUGAAACCCCAUGACCUGAACAUAUGGAUUCUCUUUAUUAUUUACUUUUUCUUACUAUUACUAUAAUAUCGUAUAAUUUAAUUGUUCUGCUUUUUAAAAUAAAUCCAUAUCUAAUUAUAAAUACUUAUGUUUUACAUAGUCUUCAGGAUUAUUAGUUUAAAGGAUGCAUAAGUUUUUUCAAAUGGAUGCUCUAUAAUCUGUUCAGCGGUUUGUCAAUUGUUCAGCAUGUAUUUUGUUUCCAGUUUUUCUUCAUUAUAAAUAACAUGGUGGUUAAUAACU